CAAGUGGAGACUUAACGCACUCAUCUACCCAAACCUUAACCCAAUAUCUUACUUUGCGUUCCUCUCUUUGGACUUUGAUUCCUUUCGGUCGCUCUCUCUUCAUUAAACGCCAUUGAUUUCUCUACGUAUCUUCGAUUCGUCCCCACCGAAAUUCUCUACGCCACAGUCUAUGUCAAUGAUGUCUGAAGCCACUCAGGUUCACACGAACUUUAGUCAACUUUAGCUAUAUGCUCUAUCCAUCUCUCCCUAUCUAUAUAAACCGUCACCCCUUACUGUUCUUCAUCAAGAAAGACGGCAAAGAUGGCCAAGAUCACAACCCUUUUCUUGACGUCUCUCCUCGUCCUCUGCACGAUCUCAUCCUGCUUUGCUCGCCACGAGCCAGUGUUUCUCGAUGUUACUCCAAUCGAGACUGACUGUGCGGGUGUCGAAACGAAGCAUGAUGAUGACUUGUUGGAUGAGAGCUGCAAAGGAGUUCGGGAAGAAGAAUGCUUGGUGAGGAGGACUCUGGCUGCUCACAUCGACUAUAUCUACACCCAAAAGCAUAAUCCUUGAACAUAAUUUCCUCUGUUUGGGAUGUGAAAGAAAUGAGAGGAUUGAACUGUUUAGUGGGCCUCUACGAACUUUCUAGUGAGUUAUGAAACAUAUACCAUGUUGGGAAUGUGAAAUUUGCUCAUCACUGAGAGUGGAUUCCGAGCGAGUCUGCUUCCGAGAGUUUGUUUCCUAGUUUCAAACUUAUGUAUCAUUUGCCCUACCAAUCUCUUUUUGAGAUUAUUUUAUUGAAUGCCCUUGCAAUCAUGUUUCUUCU